AUGCAAUGUAACGAAAUGACAACUGACAACGAUUCAGAAGGAAUUCGUUAUGUGAUAAUUGAUGAAAAUCUCGAAAAUGGUGAAAGAACCGAUAGCUAUUCAUUUACAGUAUCCGGAUCAACGGUAUAUCAUCAAAAUUUAUUAUCACUGCAACAACAUCACCGUCAUCUUUCUCAACAGCAACAAAUGCUUAGAUAUGACUGUUCUCUUCAAAAUGAAUCGUCAACUUCGACAUGGAUGGAUAAUUCAUACAGUAUACCAGUUUCAAAUAAUACACACUAUUUGGCGCGAUGUAACAUUUGUGAUGCUCUCUUUGAUUUAGAGGAAUAUCUGAAUCAUACGAAAAAUUGUAGAUUAGAAAAGUCUUACAAAUGUGACAUAUGUGGUAAUGAAUAUAAUAAGGAACAUAAUUUGAAGCUACAUCAUCUUGGACAGCAUGAUAAGGCAGUGGUUGAAAAUGAUAAAUAUGUAUGUUCGUUUUGCCCAAAAAAAUAUGCUCGAUUAGCAGCUUAUUAUGCUCACCUUCAAAUCCAUGGCUUGAAUGAUUCCCUUAUAUGUACAUUUUGUAAAGAAGAAUUUGAUUUCCAGGUGCUUUUAAACAAACAUUUACGCCUGCAGCAUUGCUAUCCUCGUUUGGAAGAUAUCGCUACUGUUGAAAUAUGUAAGAAAUGUGGUAUUGUUAUUUUCAGCAAAGAAGCAAUGGAUGAACACAUACAAAUACAUCGGAAAAUAAACAAGACAAUGAAAAGAAAUAAACGAAAGCGUGAAUCAUAUUCUGGUGAUGGAGCUCAUAAAUGUGAAGUUUGUAGCAAAACUUUUAAAAAAAAGUUUGAAUUGAUAAGACAUUAUGUUGUCCAUACAAAAGAACGUCGCUUUGUGUGUGAAAUUUGUGGAAAACGAUUCUCUCAAAAAGCUUCUCUGGGACAACAUACGCUCACUCAUAAUGCAUCUACUGCUCAAAAUCAUAAAUGUUCACUUUGUGAUGCAACUUUCUCACAAGCUGGAAAUUUACGUCGGCAUGUGAAACUUUUGCAUCCUCCAGAUGCUACAUCGCGUGCAGUUUUUCGAUGUUUCAAAUGUACUUGUGUAUUCAAUUCGUUGCAGCCGCUACAAGUUCAUGCUCGGAAACGGCAUCCAGAAGAAGUAACCCUAAAAAAUUCUAUGAUCGCUGAAGAAGGAACUACUAAUUUACAGGAAUUAAAGAAAAAUAAGUUGUUUUGUUGCUCUGUGUGCGGGAAAGGUUUUGGCAAAACAUCCGAUUUAAUGCGACAUUAUCGAAUACAUAGUGGUGAACGACCAUUUUCAUGUAAUCGAUGUGGUCGAGAUUUUAACUUGAAAUCUUCAUUAAAGUUACAUAUGGAUAGUCAUGUUCGUGCUGACCAUCCCGAUAAUUAUUACACAUGUGCACGAUGUCCUGUUUGCAUGAAGCAGUUAGCAUCGGCACCAUCAUUACGUCGUCAUCUUAAAAUUCAUGAAAGACCAUUGGAGCAUUGUGGAGUGUGUUCGCAAAUUUUUCUGAGCAAAAAAGCAUUGGAGCAGCAUCAAAUAGCCUGUUUAACAGCAAAUGCUGAAGUUGGCUCAUCUGGAAGUUUGCUGGAACUUUUACCACCUACUGAAAAUACUCCUGUAAAUACUGAACCGGAACGAAGACCCUACAAAUGCCGCACCUGUACGGCAUCAUUUUCAACACUUCGCUGUUUAAAAGAACAUAUUAAUCGACACACUGGCAUUAAACCACACAUAUGCCGAUUAUGUUACAAGUCAUUUUAUUCCUUAGCUCAGUUAAAAUGUCACAGCGAGAUACAUACAAACAAGCGGCCAUUCAGAUGUUUAACCUGUGACCAAACAUUUAGGCGUCAUUCUCAACUAAAAGCGCAUGCAAGCAAACACCCACGACCAAGCAGCUUAAUGAACUUUGAAUCUUUUUCAUGGUCACCCGAUAAUUUAUUCAGUAAAAGUGUGCAAGAUGAUAAUGCUCAUUUUAGUGAAAAUGAUCUUACCAACUUUGAUUUUUCAUCAUUGGACACUGAUUCGAAACAGUUGAAUAUAGAUGAUAGUUCAGCUGAGACAUCGUAUUUGAAUAGUUGUUUGAUAUCACAGGACUGCGAUUUAAUAAAUGGCUUAGCAGUUGAAAAAUCUCAAGAGACCCGUUGCCCUGUGUGCUUUUUUAGUUUCAGUUCAGAUGCUACAUUAUCAACUCAUUUGUACAAUAUGUCUUCUGAUCCGCUACACAAUCUUCCUGUCUUGGCAUGUAAUCAUUGUUCAAAAACGUUUUCCGGAUGCGUUGGCCUUGCUGAUCAUUUACAAGCAUUUCAUCGUCCUAAUCAGCAUGAGGAACGAAGUUUCACCUAUGAUGCGAAUUUCUUACUUAAGGAAGAUCAGCGAUCGCAUGUAUGUGAUGUAUGUGAUCGACGAUUCAAAAAACCAUCAGAUUUGGUGCGACAUAAGAGAAUUCAUACAGGUGAGAAACCCUUUUCAUGUGGGAUAUGUGAACGAUCUUUCCGAGUUAAAUCAACGUUAUAUCAACACUUGAAAAUACACGAGGAUUUGGGUAAUGGACGUGAAAUGUGUACAUUGUGUAAACGAUGCUACUGUUCAUUAUCAGCAUUACGACAGCAUUUGUAUUUAGCUCAUGCGGAAGAGAAAUCUUUCAAAUGUACGAAUGAAACAUGCAGCGAACGAUUUAAGACUGCUCGUAGCCGUGAUGCACACGUCAGACAAUUCCAUUCGUACGUAACUGCUAACGGUAUUAACCAUCAUCAAUCAUCACUUGCUGCCAGUGAGCAAUUCCAGGCAACUGCCUUACAGCUAGCGCCUGAUCCUAAAAAUGCAGGAUUUGUGCAACCUUCAUUUAAUUCUGCCUUUUCACGUAUUGUAAACAAGGACAUUAAUAAUACGACAACGCAUCUUGUAUUAAGACUACAGCCGCAUCUGAAUCCACAGACUAUUGAAGUGACAAUUAAUGAAAUUUCUGUUAGCAAUGUAAAUGAAAUAAAUAAUUGCGGUGCAAUUGUGAUUCCGAUGCAAAUGCUGCGCUCCUUAUUACCGGAAGGUGUAAUGCUUCGAAUUGCUGUUUCUUAUCCGUUCCUAAAUGCUGGUUCAUUUAUAAUUGUCGAUUCACGACGCAUGUUUUCUUUUUUGUCAGAAAAAAGAACGGAUACAAUAAUGGUACCGGUGAACACAUCCAUAGAACUUACCAAUUUACCAUUAAGUUUAUAUACAAGUGCUCAAGAUUUCGACUCUUUGGCACAACCGCCAACAUUCACUUCCAAUUGUGUUAUUUGUGAUGAAACUUUUUCCACUCAACAAGAAAGUGAUGCACAUUUCAGUAGUGAAGAUCAUGAAACAGCACAGUUUUUCUCGCUUCCGCAAUUAACACGUCAUUUGGAUGGAGCAACAGCAACAGUAAACAACAAUCAUUUUCAACCAUUCAUAACAAGAAUGGAAGUAUGUAAGCUGUGCUUGGAGCAGUUUCAAGAUCGCGAAUGCUUAUUGGCACAUAUCCGUCGGGAGCAUGAACGAGACAGUAUUGAUUUGCUUGAUCGAAAUGAUUUGUUGAUUUGGCGUCGUACUUUGAAUUAA